UAUAUAUAUAUAGUCCUUGACAUAAUCAAUACCAUCCUAAAUUAUUUCAAUCCAGCCUCCUCACUCAUCCUCCUGCAAUCAAACACCAUGGAUCUGCGCUGGUCCCUUCUUGGCCUGGUGGCCUUUGCUUUAUUUGUGAAAAUUUCUAGGUCCAAGGAUCGACCGGCAUCACCAAACAACAAGAACAACAUGGAUCUGAGCAAACCUCAAGUCGGAGCUUCUUCCUCUUCCUCUUCUUCCCCUUCUUCCACCCAUUCGUUCACACACGAUGUCUUUCUGAGCUUCAGAGGUCUGGAUACGCGCAACAAUUUCACAAGCCAUUUGCACAGCAAUUUGGUUAACAAGGGAAUUAGGACCUACAUAGAUAAUGACCUUACAAGAGGAGAAGAUAUAACAAAGGAGCUUCUCGAAGCAAUAGGAGGAUCAAGGAUUUCCAUUGUUGUAUUUUCUGCCAACUAUGCAUCUUCGAAGUGGUGCUUGGAUGAACUUGUCGAGAUCUUUGAAUGUGAAGAAUCCAACCAACAAAUCGUUUACCCAAUUUUCUACAAGGUAGAACCGUGGGAGAUACGAUACCAGAAGGGCCAGGUUGGUAAGGCAAUUGCUCGCCUUAGCAAACACAAGGAUAACUUAGAGAAGAUGGACAGUUGGAAGGCAGCUCUUAGAAAAGCAGCAGAUUUGUCUGGGUGGCAGAUCAAGGAUGGAGGGCAUGAAGCGAAUGUCAUUGAUGAAAUUGUUAAACAUAUAUCAACCAAAAUAAUGAGAUGCACCCCUUUAAAUGUGGCAACACAUCCUGUUGGAAUAGAAUUUAGUGUAAAAGACAUACUUAAGCUCUUAAAUGUCGGGCAAGACAAGCCUCACAUGGUAGGGAUAUGGGGAAUUGGCGGAAUAGGAAAGUCAACACUUGCGAAAGCUGUUUACAAUUCAAUUAGCAAUAAGUUUGAACAUAGCUGUUUCCUGGCAAAUGUUAGAGAGGAAUCAUCUUCAUCUGGAGGUCUUGUCAAGCUACAAAACAAUUUUCUUAAGAAUAUAGAGAGGAAUCCACCUAAUGUGGAAAAUGUUGCUAAAGGAAUCACUCUACUGAAGCAAAAACUAAGCCAGAAAAAGGUUCUUUUAGUUAUUGAUGAUGUGGACUGCUUGGGUCAGUUAGAAGCACUUGCUGCAGAGUCUGGUUGGUUUGGUCCAGGAAGUAAAAUUAUCAUAACAACAAGAGAUACAAAUUGUGUAAGUCCUGAUUCAACAUAUGAGGUCAAGGAAUUAAAUCAUGAAGAUGCUUCAAAGCUCUUCAAUUGCUAUGCCUUCAAAGGAGAUAUAUGUCCGGAUGGCUUCUUUGAACUUGCAACUGAGGUAAUACAUUAUGCUAAGGGAAAAUUUCGGAUUCUGUUAGUUUUGGAAGUUUUGGGGUCAGACCUAUGUAGUAAAAAGGAUAAGGAUGUGUGGAAAGCUGCAUUAGAGUAUUACAGGAGAUGUCCUAACAAAGAUAUUCAAAAAAUUCUCCAAAGAAGUUAUGAUGGAUUGCAUGAUCAGAUACAAGAAGUUUUUCUUCAUAUUGCAUGUUUCUUUAAAGGUCAUGAAAAAAGUUAUGUGAUUGAUGUGCUGCAAAGCUGUGACCUUCCCAAGUAUGCUCUCGAAGUCCUCGUAGAAAAGGCCUUAAUAAAAAUUGAGAAAAACGAUUGGAUUUGGAUGCAUGAUCUUAUAGAGGACAUGGGAAAAGAAAUUGUUCGGCAAGAAUCUCCUGAGAUAGGAAAAUGUAGUAGACUGUGGCUUCAUGAGGAUAUUCGCGAGGUCCUUGAGGAAAACACAGGAACGGAUAAAAUUAAAGCCAUCGUGUUGGGAAGAGGAGUUUGGAAUUCACAAAGCAUACAGUUGGACGGCGGAAGCUUCACAAACUUGAAAAAUCUUCAAAUUUUUGAAGUCAAUGGUGAUGAGAUGCUUAGUGGAGAGAGCGUGGAUUAUCUCCCCAACCAGUUGAGGGUCCUUGACUGGAGUUGUUGUUCAUUACGAUCGCUGCCUGUGAAAUUGACGGCUCUGUUGACUCUAUUUUUCUCUUGUGCGAAAUCUGAAGAAUUCCAAGUAACAUUUCCUGCAAGUGCUCCGCUUCCAAACUGGUUCACCUGCCGUCAGGAUGCGAAAUUGGAUGUGAAUGGUAAAGUGAUAAAUAAAGAGCAUGAGUUUUGCAUUGAAAUUCCUCAAAACUCCAAUUGGGACAACAAAGGGUUGGCUCUCUGUAUUCAAUCGUAUUCUGAUAAGCCUGAUUUUCCUCCUUUUCUCACUCAUUUGGUUCACAUCAAUGGAAUAAAGUUUGAUGAGAAUCUCAUGUCUAGGGAUGAAGAAGUGUGGGUGCAUUAUAUUCCAUUCGUGACAGUAAAAAAGAGGUUGAGUGAAAGUGGGAUAUCAUCACCUGAUAUGUUUCGAGUUAUGGUUCGUCUUAAAGAAAUUUUUAUUGAUACAGAAAGGCCUUUUGGGGUAAGCUGGGGAGUCCACCUGAUCGAAGAUUUGGAAGGAGAAGGCGGAUGAUAGUUCAGCUGACUUCCAGUAUAUGCUGAUUCUGCUGCCACUGAGGAUGACAUUCACACACCCAAGUUACAAAACACUUACCUCGGAAGAACUACUCCUUUAAAAGCAUGAUGCUUGAUCAUCAUAACACAAUGUGAAAGGAGUGUUCAAUUUUGAGGAAAUGAUCUAGUGAGUCGUUGGAAGCAAACCUCUAGAGCAUGAUCAAUGGAGUUGAUAAGACCAACACUGAGGGUAUCUAUGUCUGAAUUCCUUGUUUGUUCCAGAGCAGUAAAGACACGCACAUUGAUCAAUAUUUCAGAAAUGAAAGGACAGGGAAAAAUCCUUAUGCAAUGUCUGUAUUAAGUUGAGUUGCAAAGGAACUCGAUGCUCCAGAUAUGGCUAAUACAAUAGAGCAAGUGGAUUAUGUACUUCAUUAGCAAGCAAGGUUGGACAUACCAUGGAUUUCAUUCAGUUUUUCCUAAGAAGAAGGCAAUACAUGCCUGUUGCAAGUUUGAGUUAUCCUUGAUAAAAAGGUUCAAAGGUGUAGAAGAGUUGAGGAAAACAGCAUUUGAGCCUCUUAAAAAUGUCCGCCCAGAUUGAGGAGGACAUUGAUGCAGAAGAGUUGCAGGCGGGUGGAAGCAUUUCACCAAGAGCUUAUAUUGGAACAACAUGGUGAUCGAUCAACAUAUAUAAAAUGCUGAGGUGAACUACAUAUUCCUUUUGAAUCAACAAUUAGAGAUGGUUUAUGAGUUGCUAUCAUCUGAUUAAUUAAGGACCCAGCAAGUGUGGGAUGAUAUGCUCAACUUGGGGAAGGAAUUUUUCUGUUCAACUGUGGUACAGAUUUCUGCUUCCAUUGGAGCUUUUAGAGGAGACAGUCUCGUUUGACUACUUUUAAACUUCUUUCUUUGUUUAUUUUGUAGAGAGACUGAUCUAAUCAGUGGGAUGCCAAACUGAUCGAGAUUUAAUUAGUUUAGGACAGGGAUUUACUCUACACUCAUAUUUGCAACUCUUGAUAUUUGACAAGAUGAAAAUCAGCAAUGUUGUCCUCUUAAUGCAAGCUAAGAUGAAUCUAGAGAUCUGGUCGAGACAAUAAUGAAUUACUGAGUUUACGUAA